UCUUAAAACACGUGUAAUUGUCACGCGCUUGGCAGUUUCAAAAACUAUAGUGGUUAAGCUAAGGCCAAAUGAUCAAAGUUUAAUCAUUCGUCCGCAGUAAUUACGGUAGACUCGAUCACAUGUGAUCAGUAACGCUUCCGCCGAGGGUACAACUCAGUUAAGCAGACGAAUAUUCGACCAGACAACAAGCAGGUUCUUUUCAAGCUCUCAAAACCAACUGACUCCCAAGUCCCAACAGUCACGGAGAACGUGUGCUGCUCAAGCUUGUUCCAAAACCUUUCACUGAAACUGCUUUCUCUGCUUCAUCAAAUUGGAACAGGGGCCUGGGAAAGUUUCAGUUUUUGAAGUAGAGAUCUAGGGUUUCUGAGUAUGGAAAAAGUGGUUGCUGUGAUCAUGGUUGGCGGACCAACUAAAGGGACUCGAUUUCGACCAUUAUCUUUCAAUACACCAAAACCGUUAUUUCCAUUAGCAGGUCAGCCAAUGGUUCACCAUCCGAUUUCAGCUUGCAAAAGGAUUCCAAACUUGGCUCAGAUAUUUCUAAUUGGGUUCUAUGAGGACAGGGAAUUUGCAUUAUAUGUUUCUUCCAUCUCUAAUGAGUUGAAAGUGCCAGUGAGAUACUUAAAAGAGGAUAAACCACACGGUUCAGCUGGUGGCCUUUAUUACUUCAGAGACAUGAUCAUGGAAGACAGCCCGUCGCAUAUAUUUCUGCUGAAUUGUGAUGUUUGCUGCAAUUUUCCGCUCACAGACAUGCUUGAGGCCCAUAAAAGAAGUGGUGGGAUGGGAACAAUGCUAGUAAUCAAGGUUUCUGCUGAGUCUGCCCAUGAGUUUGGUGAGUUGGUUGCUGAUCCAAUCACCAAAGAGUUGUUGCAUUACACGGAGAAACCUGAGACUUUUGUAAGCGAUUUAAUAAACUGUGGUGUUUACAUCUUUACCCCAGAUAUUUUUACUGCCAUUCACGAUGUCUUUACUCAUCGGGAGGAUAGAGCUAAUAUACGCCAGAUGUCCAGUUUUGAAGCCCUCCAGUCUGCUACAAGGGCCUUUCCUGUAGAUUUUGUAAGGUUGGAUCAAGAUAUAUUAUCCCCUCUUGCUGGAAAGAAGCAACUUUAUACAUAUGAGACCACGGAUUUCUGGGAACAGAUCAAGACUCCGGGGAUGUCUCUGAAAUGUUCAGCUCUGUAUCUAGCGCAAUUUAAAAUGACCUCACCCCAUCUUUUGGCCAGUGGAGAUGGAAUAAAGAAUGCUUCAAUUAUUGGCGAUGUGUUCAUUCAUCCAUCUGCUAAAGUACAUCCAACUGCAAAGAUUGGGCCAAAUGUCUCUAUUUCAGCGAAUGUUCGUGUAGGAGCAGGUGUGAGGCUUAUAAGUUGCAUCAUCCUGGAUGAUGUAGAAAUUAAGGAAAAUGCAGUUGUAAUAAAUUCCAUCAUUGGAUGGAAAUCUUCACUUGGCAAAUGGUCACGUGUUCAGGGAAGUGGGGACUACAAUGAGAAGCUUGGAAUCACCAUCCUCGGAGAAGCUGGUAUGGUAGAAGACGAAGUUGUGGUGAUCAACAGCAUUGUUCUUCCGAACAAGACUCUUAACGUUAGUGUACAGGAGGAGAUAAUUUUGUAACAAAAAGAGAUACAAUGAAGGCUCCUGGUCGGCGUUUUAACUUGAAGUCCAGAAAGCAAAUUUAUUUGUGUACUAAAUUUUUCUGUGAGAAUGAAGAAGUUUCUGAUUUAAUGAUUCUGUUCGUUUGGCUGAGUCUUGAUGAUGCUUAAUGAAACUCUAUAGAAGACAUGAGGAGCAAUACUGUACUGUCUCUGUAAGAACAAUAUUGGUCUAGAAUCUCAUAAAAAUAAAUUUAGGCAGUGUGAACAUUUACAAUC